GGAUAUUACCACGUGCUCCUAUACACCCAUUUUCCUUGUUCCAAGGGUUCCAAAUCCUGUGAUGAUAACCCGCUUCACACAUUCCUUUUCCUCUUACAUACGUACGUACAUAAUACGCCGCAAUGGAACAACAACUAGGGCAAGUUUUGUCCCAAAUGAUGGAAACGAUGCGAGGAAUGCAAUUACAGCAAGUACAAUUACAACAAGCCUUACAAACCAGUGAUAAAACGGUUAGUGGUAUCACAUUACAACCUUAUGAUGAAAACAAUGAAUCAUUUUCGACUUAUUUACAAAGACUUCAAAAUUAUAUUUCCUUGAAAGGUGUCACAAGUGCUACAAUUAAAGUGCAAAUUUUUCUCAAUUGUAUUGGCCCUAAAUACUACCAAGUACUGAAAAACAUCACAGCGCCUGAGUGUCUAGAAUCAAAAAGCUAUGAUGACCUUGUAGAACUACUAAGGAAUCAUAUUGCCCCAGAACCUGGUGAAGUUGCUCAACAACACAAAUUCUGUCUACGGCAACAGCAUGAGUGUGAAAGCAUUGCUAACUACGUAGCUGGAUUAAAAGAAAUAGGCGGAAAAUGUAACUUUAUAUGUAAUAAUUGUAAAAAUAGUACUUUUGAAACUCAUCUGCGAGUACAGUUCAUACGAGGGCUGCGUAACUCUGAAAUUAAAGAAAGAUUAUUACAAGAAUCUUCUUCUACAAAAUUUGAUGAUUUAAUUAGGAUUGCAAUGGCGAUUGAGACUUCCAAAGUAGAAACAAAAGAAAUGUGUACGGAUAUUCAACCAAAUAUAAACAAAAUAUCAAAGAAAACUAAGAAUUUCAAUACAUCCAAACAAAAUACAAAUACAUAUAAAAGUCAUACAUACAAUACAAAUAUUAAAAAAGGAAAGAAAAUAAAGUGUUAUCGUUGUGGAAAAGAAAACCAUUCAGCGACUCAGUGUAGAUUAAAAGAUAAAUUAUUUUGUAAGAAAUGCAAAACAAAAGGACACAUACAAUCAGUUUGCUUAAGGGAACAAAAACAACUAGAGCUAGUAAAUGAACAGUACAUAGAAGAUACUAAUGAAAUUUAUGAAAUACAUAAAAUAUUUUACAAAAAUAACAUACAAAAUGAUAAAUUUAAUAUUACAUUACAACUGAACGGGAAAUUACAUACACUAGAACUAGAUACAGGUGCAGCAGUCACUACAUGCUCUGUACAAUAUUAUAAAGAAAAUUUCAGUAAUCUUAAAUUAGAAACUACACCAAUUAAAUUAAAAACUUACACAGGAGAAAUACUUUACCCACGGGGAACCUGUAAUGUAAACAUCAAAUAUAAAAAUACAGAAGUCAUAGGAAGAAUCUUUGUUAUUGAUAGAAAAGUUGAUCCUGUAUUGGGAAGAGAAUGGAUUAGGAAAUUAAACUUACAAUUUGACAUAAAUUCACUACAAAAAGAAGAAAAUGAUAUUACAGAAAAAGAGUUUACUGAGAAAUUGAAAAAAAUUAUACAAGAAUACAAAGAACUAUUUUCUGAAGAAAUAGGAGAAAUUAAAGAUUAUCAAGCAGUAUUUAAAUUGAAAGAAGGUGCAGUUCCAGUCUUUUUAAAACCACGUCCAGUACCAUUCGCUUUGAAGGAUCAGGUGGAAGCAGAAAUAGACAGAUUAGAAAAGGAAGGAAUAUUAGAAAAAGUCACAUACUCACAGUGGGGAACACCAAUUGUUCCUGUCUUGAAGCAAAAUGGAAAAAUGCGCUUAUGUGCUGACUAUCGCGCUACAUUAAACAAAAAUUUGGAAAAUGACAACUACCCUAUACCUCGUGUUGAAGAAAUAUUUUCAAAGUUAAGUGGAGGAAAAUAUUUUUGCACACUGGAUAUUAAUCAAGCUUAUUUGCAUAUGAAGACUAAUGAAGAUACAGCAGAAAUGCAAGCUAUUAGUACAUGCAAGGGUACAUACAAGGUGAAAAGACUAAUGUUCGGAGUGAAAAUUGCACCAAAUGUUUGGCAGAGAUACAUGGAUCAAACACUUCAAGGAAUGGAAGGUACAGUUUGUUUUUUUGACGACAUUGCUUUACAAGGACGUACAUUUAUACAAUUACUACAAAGAAUUAGGAAGGUAUUUGACAAAUUAAAUGAAUGUGGACUACACUUAAACAGAGAGAAAUGUCAGUUUUUUCAGAAAUCAGUUACUUACCUAGGACAUACAAUAAAUGAAAAAGGUCUACACCCUACAGAAGAUAAAGUAAAUGAUAUAAAGAAUAGUUCACGUCCAACAGAUGUUUCUUCACUACGCACAUUUUUGGGAAUGAUAAAUUACUACCAACAAUUUAUACCUAACUUAGCAUCAAAACUAAAUCCUUUAUACAAAUUAUUACAAAAAGAUACAAAAUUUACUUGGUCAACAUCAUGUGAACAAGCAUUUCAAGAACUGAAAAAAGAAAUCUGCGGAGAAAAAGUACUUAUACCAUUUCAUGAAAACUUACCUGUCACAUUAGCCACUGAUGCAUCACCAACUGGAUACGGAGCUGUGUUGUCACAUAUUAUGCCGGAUAAAUCAGAACGUCCAAUAGCUUUCGCGUCAAGAUCUCUUACAAAGGCAGAGAAAGGUUACAGCCAGUUAGAUAAAGAAGCCGCAGCAUUAGUUUGGGGACUGAAGAAAUUCUUUCAGUAUUGUUACGGUAGAAAAAUAAUUCUCAUAGUAGACAACCAACCAUUAGCUAGAAUUUUACACCCAGAGAAGGCUACACCUGCUACAACAGCCAUACGACUUGUACAUUAUGCUAACUUUUUAGCUGGAUUUGAUUACCAGAUAAAACUAAGGAAGACUGCAGAACAUGCUAAUGCCGACUAUUUUUCAAGACUACAACAUACAAAUAAAAAUGAAAAGAAUGAUACACUUACAGAUGACGAAGCUUUCUACUUAAAUCAGAUUUCAGAAAUACCAGUUUCAUUACAAGAGAUAAGGGUAGCUACAGCUACUGACCCGGAACUACAGAAGUUAUAUAUUGAUAUACAAUCAGGACGAGAAGAUAAAACUAGACUACAUGAAUUUUCAUUGCAGAAUAAUUGUAUAUUUUAUGGCAUACGAAUCGUCAUACCUAAGAAACUACAACCUAAAAUAUUAGAAGAAUUACAUACAGCGCACAUGGGUAUAGUUAAGAUGAAGGCUUUAGCAAGAAGCUAUGUGUGGUGGAAGAACAUUGACAUAGAUAUUGAAAAUAUGGUGAAACAAUGCAAGAGAUGCUGUUUGAUGCGUAAAAACCCGACUAAGGUACCUGUACACAGCUGGGAAUACCCUAAGGAACCGUGGAGUCGUAUUCAUAUUGAUUAUGCCGGACCAUUCAUGAACCAAUAUUUUCUUAUGGUGGUAGAUGCCUAUACUAAAUGGUUAGAAGUUAUACCUACUAAUUCUAUGUCAGCUGCAACAACUAUAAAUAUUCUAAAGAAGUUAUACACUACAUUUGGUUUACCAAUAACGCAAGUCUCGGAUAAUGGAAGACAAUUUAGAUCAGAAGAAAUGCAAAAAUUCUUAAAAGAAAAUGGAAUUCAAGCUAAAUUUACAGCACCAUUUCAUCCUUCUACCAAUGGUCAAGUAGAAAGAUAUGUUCAAACUGUUAAAAAUAAACUUAAAGCAAUGAUUAGUGAAGAGGGAUCUAUACAAGAUAAAUUACAAAGAUUUUUAAUGAUGUAUAGAAAAACACCUAACAGUACUACAGGAUUAAGCCCAGGUGAAAUGAUGUUUAAAAGAAUAUACAGAACAAGAAUUGACUUAGUAAAAAGACCACAGGAAUUAAGAAACAACAGUAAUGAAGAGAUAAUAGUAACCAAGGAGUUUCAAAGAGGAGAGAAAGUUCAAAUUCGAAUGUAUGACAGUAAUAAAUGGAAAUUUGGUAACAUAGUAAAUAGAAAAGGAAAAUUACAUUAUGAAGUGGAAGUAGAUGGAAGAAUACACCAAAGACAUGUAGAUCAAAUCAUAAAGACAUCAUGCUUAGAUAAUAACUUUAGAAUACCAGAUACUUACCUGAUUAAACCAAGAGAAUCAGUAGCAAAUUUAUAUACACCAAAAUUACCUGAAAAAGACCUAUUACCUGGAAAGAACAUACUACCUGGAAAAGACGUACUCCCUGGAAAAGACUUACUCCCUGGAAAAGACUUACUACCUGAAAAAGACCUUACAACUACACAUGCUAACGCUACAAGAAGGGAAUCUAUACCUUACACUGAAACCUCGGAAGUGGACAAGCCAGAGACACCUCAAGCAACUCCAGAUAUACCUCCUACUACACAGGCUGAAAUUGAACCCCGUCGUAGUACCCGGAUUCGACGACCACCAAACCGAUUGAACUUCUAAAAUAAAUAACAAGGGAGAGUGUUAGUAGACAUCACUAUUUGGUGUGACGUUCCGAGUUUGAGAAGCGGAAAUAAACUAACUUGCUUUAUGUCAAAUAAUUUAAUAUGUCGGUUGAUUCUGUUCUCUUUGUGUCAAUUCCUGUUACAAAUUAUAAUAAAAUAUUAGUAAAUUA